AUGGACGAUGUCGAGUACAACGAUGCCAACCGCGCCUUCAUCCAGGCCUUCAUGGCGCGCUCAUCCAUGACCUUGCCAGAAGCUCAGCCGGUCCUGGCAGCCAUUAUUUCACAGCACGAGGGUCGUACAGUCGACCCCGACGACGUCACCGCAGAGCAUCUCUCCUCCUUCAUUUCCGCCGCCAACUCGGCAAUAUCGUCCUUUGACCUCGAAAUCCGCAGCUCCCUACACCAGACCCCUCAAGGAAACUCACAGGGUACGACUACCCCGGCGCCGGAGCGGUUCUAUGCGCUCGUCAACACAACCAGCGACGCUCUAACGCAACUCGCGACCACCCACUCCGCCGACGAGAUCGCCUUCGUCAAGAGGGUUCUGGACUACAUGUUCGACACAAAUAACACCCGGCGAUGUGAAGGAAUGGCCAUCUCAAGCAUUCAGGCUAUCCAGCAGGCCAAGACUUCGGGAGAUGCUAGUCGACGGCGGUCUACGAAUGUCGAGAACGUUAUGAGGCGGCUGACCGAUGAAGGCUGGCUCGAGAAGAGCCGCAAGGGAUUGUUUACCCUCACCCCGCGGGCGUUGAUGGAGCUGCGUGGCUGGUUGGUCUUGACGUAUAAUGACGAUGUCACGCGGAUCAAGAAUUGCGCUGCGUGCAAAGAAAUCAUCACGGUGGCCGUCUGCACGACCACUGCAUGCGGAACUUCUUUCGAAUGCAGCAAGCAGAAAAAGUGCCCCGUGUGCAAAGAAGAAUGGCCCGGUGACCAGUUUGUGGGUGAGAGAGCCAUUAUCGCGCAGCAGGGCCGACGACCGAUUACUGCUGCUGUCCCAAGCGAGACCGCACCUCCGUCGAGCGUGCCGAAUGGUCAACAUGAUGCAUCUCAAGAGGGAAAUGGUGAUGAGGAUGAAGGAUGA